CCAUGUCCUACCAUCGCAUUGCCUCGGCGCUGCGGCCGCCGGCGCUGCGGCUGGCUGUCUCGCAGCCGCGGUACAUGACCGGCCUCUCGGCGCUCGCACGAGCUGCCUGCCGCCAGAAACAGGCACCGCCGGUGCCGGUGCUCGACAGCGAUUGCUCGAGCUCGUGGCAAGAUAUGACUCCUAUCGGCACCGGCGAGACCAUGGUCGUCCUCUCCUUCCGCGCGGCGGCCGGGAUGGGCGCGGCGUUUGAGCGGGUUGUGCAGCAGCUGUCGCUCGAGCUUGACAGCGUCGAGGCAGGCGUCUCUGAUGUGCGGGUGAUGGCUGGGGCGGGCGGCGAGGCCACCUUUGUGGUGACCCUGCUGUCGCGCGCCGAGGCGCAGCGCUUCGAGCGCACGAUCCGUCCCUCCAUCCAGACGGCGCUCGCUGAAGUGUCGGAGGGCGGGGAGCCCUGCUUCAGCAGCGGCGGUAUGCUGGUGCCGCACGCCCACACGCUCGGCUCGCUGCUCCAGUCGCUGACGCGGCACCUCUCGGGCACGAGCCGGACCGCCGAGCACGACGUGCGCGCCGUGGCCGCGGAGCUUCGGCGCUGGUACCCGCGGAAGGAAGAGUACGGCGGCUUCCUCUCGGUGGACGAGGACGACCCUGGCCGCUACACAAGGAAUGUGGUGCACUCGACGCCAGCGAUGGAGGUGCUGAUGAUGUGCUGGCCGCCCGGGUCGCAGAGCACCAUCCACUGCCACGACGAGUCGUCCUGCUGGGUCACCGCCGUGGAGGGCGAGGUGCACGAAGUGCAGUUCGACCUGCCGCUGCUCGACCGAAAGUUUGAGCGAGCCCGGGCCCGGCUGGAGGGGGCCCCGGCCGACCCGGCGGGCCACAUUCGCGGCAGGUGCGGCCCGCUGCGGCGGAUCCGAGUGUCUCCGCUGGGCGGCCCGGGCGAUGGGCCGGAGCUCGGCUGCAAGCAGACCUACGCCAACAAUGAGAUUGGGAUCCACCGCAUCGAGAACCGCUCGCUGGAGCCGGCCGUCACGAUGCACGUGUACGCGCCGCGCCUCCGCAAGAUGAAGAUAUUCCGCGACAGUGGCGAGGUGUCCGAGGUGACGGUGACGAGCGCUUCCACCACCGUCGAGGAUGUAGGCUCGUGGCAGGCGGAGCUGCUGGACGUCGCCGGAUGGAACGGCGCAUAAGAAACCUUUGGCCUCUCGCGCGAACCGCGGUGCCGGAGGGUUGGCUAUGCCGGCGAGGCCGAGUCGUACAGUGGCUGCUACGUGUCUCUCAUUUGUGAGAGCAGAUUGUUCUCUAGACCACUCCCUUCUUCUCUCUUCCCUCCACAAUCUCUCUCUCCCGCGCCGGCGCGGGGGUCGUCACAGCAGAUCUCUCGUGGGUUUUUUCUCUUCCUUUCUGCGAGUGGUCUAUAAAUGUGAGAGAGAGAGAUUUUAGAAAAUUGGUUGUCUGUGCCUGGAGGGUUGAGAUUGUGCUUUUGAGGUUUGUGAUCUCC